GCUCUGCGGUCCCGUCUCCGGCCUCUUCGUUCAGCCACUCGUCGGACACCUCAGCGACCGCUGCACCAGCCGCUUUGGUCGCCGGCGUCCUUUCAUCCUCGCCGGUGCCGCCGCGAUCAUCGUUGCUGUCAUCAUAAUUGGAUACGCUGCUGACAUCGGCUGGCUCCUCGGCGACACCGAUACUUUCCGGCCGGCGGCGAUAACCGUCUUCGUGAUUGGGUUCUGGAUCCUCGACGUAGCGAAUAACGUGACUCAGGGUCCUUGUAGAGCUCUCCUGGCUGAUCUCACUACCAAUGAUCCUCGAAGAACGCGCGUUGCAAAUGCUUAUUUUUCUCUUUUUAUGGCUGUUGGUAACAUUCUUGGCUAUGCAACUGGAUCGUACAGUGGUUGGUACAAGAUUUUUGCUUUCACACUUUCACCUGCAUGCACUAUUAGUUGUGCAAAUCUCAAGUCCGCUUUCUUUCUUGAUAUUAUUUUCAUUGCGAUCACCACAUAUCUCAGCCUCAUGGCAGCUAAAGAAGUGCCUAUAAGUUCAAGUGCGGCAGCCCAUGCUGAGGGAGGAGCAGCAGGUUCAGGUAGUACAGAAGAGGCUUUCAUGUGGGAGCUAUUUGGGACAUUCAAAUAUUUUACGACUCCUGUAUGGAUUAUCCUUUCUGUUACUGCUCUAACAUGGAUCGGAUGGUUCCCUUUUAUUCUAUUUGACACUGAUUGGAUGGGUCGAGAGAUUUAUGGUGGUGAUCCAAAUGGAGGCCCUAAUUAUGAUGCUGGGGUCAGAAUGGGAGCACUUGGGUUAAUGCUUAAUUCAGUUGUUCUUGGAAUAACAUCAUUACUCAUGGAGAGGUUAUGCAGGAAACGCGGUGCUGGGUUUGUUUGGGGUGUCUCAAAUAUUAUAAUGGCCAUCUGCUUUCUUGCAAUGCUUGUAGUAACAUAUGUUGCAAGCAACGCUAGCUAUUUAGGCAAAGAUGCACCACCAACUGGCAUCGUGAUAGCUGCAGUGAUACUCUUCACCAUUCUUGGGUUUCCAUUAUCAAUCACUUACAGUGUUCCAUAUGCCUUAGUUUCCACACAUAUUGAGUCAUUGGGACUUGGCCAAGGGUUAUCAAUGGGUGUCCUAAAUCUGGCAAUAGUGAUCCCACAGAUAGUGGUGUCAUUGGGAAGUGGACCAUGGGAUCAGCUGUUUGGUGGAGGAAAUGCCCCGGCCUUUGCCGUGGCAGCUCUUGCAGCCCUUGUCAGUGGACUCAUAGCUAUCCUGGCUAUUCCGCGAUCUGGUGGUCAAAAGCCCCGAACUCGUGUAUGAGUGAGAAUGAUUGGCUAUGUAAACCAUGAGGGACACAUCUCAAGCUCUAGGAAAAGGUGAAUACUCUUUGAUGUCUUAAGGAACAGUGUGAAACAAGCAAUUCAUAUGCCAUUACUUUCCCAAACAUGCUUCAAUCCCAAAAAUGUAAUCACAAAUGUUGUUAGCAGCAAAUACUGGUUGACACUAUGUCCAAUCAGUGGAGAUUUUUCGCCAGUGUAAAUGAGUCCCGUCUAUAUAAGAUUUUUCUUUUAAGGCUAAAUGCCAUGGGAAAGUAGUUUGGGGAUUCUUCCAUAGGUUCCAAAAGUUAAUCUUGGGCAGCAUCCUUCCUUACCACCCAAGAUGAGUUGCUGUUUGGGAAUUAUUCCAAAUUACAAAUUCUUUUCUAUUUUGAGGCAAUGCUGAUCGUGCAUUAGUGCUUCAAUAAUGUUGUAUUGAGAAUCAUAUACAAUUGUGAUUUAUUUGUGCUUGGAUGAAUGAAUGUGUUUAGUGGCCAACAGUGAAUAUUGUGAAGUGUGCCGAUGGAAACCUUGAUGGCGACCAGGGGUAAAAUGCUUCCUUUUUUGGUAUUGUAUUUUAUUAUUUUUUUUCUUUGCAGAAAAUAUUGUUGAAUAAUAGUUGAUUUUUAAA